GUGCAACAGGAUGUAGGGGCUGUGCUUACCGGAGUGAUUUGGUAUCUGCAGGAGGUGUGCAUACACAGCUUGUUUGGAGCAGUGAAACAGAUGUGCUUCAGACCCAGGAAUCAGGAGCUCGGAAGGUGAUUAACAUUUCAUAGACAAGUUAUUAGCAUUUGGGUACUUUUUUCUCGCAGUGCUGCGUUUAGAAAUCCUCUAGCUUUUAUUAGUGGAGUAUCCAAGCCAAGCUGGCUCUUCUGCAGCCUGCGCAUGGCCAUGACUUAGAGUCAUAGAAUCGUUUGAGUUGGAAGGGACCCCUACAUAUCAUCUAAUCCAACUCCUGCAAUGAACAGGGACAUUUUUACUCCAUGACUCUUUCGCAGUCAGAAGAACAGCCAGCCCAGGCAGCAGUGCCUGCAGAAUGACUUCUUUUUUUUUUUUUCCUUGCUUGAGAAAAAGGCAGCUUCAGAUCUUUAGACCUCUGAAUUAGAAUUUUGACUCUGGUGCUUCUAGUUAGCAUUUGAAGAGACUAACGUACUGAAUUAUCUUUGGUUCAGAUGCAACAUUUAGCACAGUUUUCAGUAAUCUGUUGCAUGUCGCCUUGCCUGCAGUGUGCAGUUCCUGAACACUUCCAGUAUCAGACUCCAAUUAUAACCUGUUUCAAACCUCUCUGAAAUUUGUUGUAUCAGCCAGAUAAAGUAUUACAUAUACAUGCACAGGCAUGUAAUUACUCACUGUUUUCUCUACUAUCUUCCAAAUGAUGGAGAGGCCAGUUAUAAAUUAACAUAAUCCUCACUGAAUCAAUUUUCAUUGUCUUUGGAAUUAUAAAUAUGUAAUUGUGCAACCAGUGCUCUCUGAUAGGUUAUUCAAUCUUGCAGCGCAGUGUUGCCGAGAGGAUGCUUCAGUUUUAUAUAUCGUGCUGAAUACUGGUGUUUGUAUUAGUAUAUCUGCUGCCUUUGGAUCUGCUUAACACAUUGAUGUAACUGUAUUGAGUGUAGUUCCUGAAGUGUUUCAGAUGUUGCAUUAUCUUGGGCAUGGGUGUUGAGUUGAAUUUGGUGCUGCCUGAAGUCUUCCACUACUGCCGGUGCAGUCUGAAAUGUCUGUGAUUCAGCUGCUUGCUGUAUGUACACUGCACUAAUAGGAAUGGAAACUAGAAGGUGUUUUUCUCUCAUCCUUCCGUUCUCCCACUGUGCUCAAGUCAAGAUUUGUGACUGCACUGAGUCCAAAGGGAUGUGCCUGCAUCCCUCUGAGUCCCUGCACCAGAGAUUUGGGUUGCACGUUAGGAAAUACUUCACCAAGAGUGCAGCUGGAAUGGGCUGACCAGGGUGGUGGUGGAGUCACUGUCCCUGUGGGUGUUCAAGGCACGUGUAGCUGUACUGACAGACAUGGGUUAGUGGGAAAUACUGAUGCCAGGUAGACAGUUGGGCUGGAUGAUCUCAGAGGUCUUUUCCAACCUUGGUGAUUCUGCAGUUCUAUGAUUCUCUGAACUUUACACUCAUUCUGCUUCCUUCUGUUGGAUGUCUCCACUCACCAGCUGCAGCUCUUGCAGAUGUACCUGGAUAGAGCUGGCCCUGGCAGCACUGGAUUUUGUUCAGACUUUGCCAGAAGUUCAGCAGCUUGAGCAGCCCUCACCUCUGCUACUGUUUUGCUGCCGGCCGUUCUGGCUUACAGCUAUCCACAUUCAUUGUGGCCACUAGGCUAACUACGACAUAGAUGUUGUUAGCCACAGCAGAUGAAUUCGGGAGCUUAAUAAGUUAAAUUUCUAUCUGGGCCCAGUGUUCUAUUGUUUGGCCCUGUUUGUGAUGGCUACUCUUGCGGUUUCUCAAGUAGUUGCUCAGAGUUUUUCAUUUCCAUUCUGCCUGCCUUCUGUACUGUUGAAGAGCCAUCUUGUUUUCUCUAGUUUAAUGCAUCAAAAACCAAAUCCUGAUAACCUCUUUCAAGUCUUCUCUCUGUAGCAGCAGGCUCAGUCCGGUGAGAUAUGAAGCUGCCUUGGAGCUUGUUGAAUUUGUCUUCAUCCCAUUUUGAAGUGCUGCUCAAGAGAAAUUAACUUUGCAGGGAAACCUUUGGUGAGCAAGAAUGCAUUCUUUAAUAAAUGGCUGUAAUGACUCUUCAGAAACAAACGCUGAUGUUUGAAAUAAAGCUGCCAAUUUUGUGUAAGAGCAAUACAGAUAGCACACAACAGCUUAGGUUACUGUGGCUCUGUUCUGAAAGGCAGAACAAAUGGUAUUUCUUUGCCUUGCACUACGAAGAAUGUGAAGUUGACUUUUAGUACUUUGUCUUUUGUGUGUGCUGGCUAAAUCCUGUUGUGUUUAGUGUCCCUGUGUGUUUAGUAACUUGUCAGCACAGGAAAAAGCUAACUUUGUGUAUCGUGGUAAACAUACACGUGAGACAAUCCAAAGCCAGCUUCUUUGAAGUGUGAUGCUCAUCACCGUGCUGUGUCCCGUUUGAAUUGGUUUCUGACUGAGGAGUGCAGAUCUGGGUUGCGUGGCAGAUACUUCUCUAAAUGCAGUCUUUACACAUCGCUCAUACGUUGUAAGUAAUCGGUGUUUGUGCCAAGUGUUGAGUUAACUCCUUCCUUAAUAUAUCAAAGCCUCGAGGAAUAGGAUGCAGUGUCUUCAUUGUGCCUGCAGCUCUGCUUGCAGGUGCCACUCAGCCCUGUCGCAUACUGGUGCCUGGGCUUGGUAUUAGUUGGGUUACUGAGUUUUCACCAAAACUCUAAGCUUCUGAAAGGGACAUCUGACAAGGCUGUUAUUCCCUGUUGGCACAAAGAAUGCUGCUGCACAUUGGUUUAAUCAUGCCGGAGAGUUUAUGGUAAUUAAAUAAGCAAGUCGGGAGAGUACUGAAUUAUUGCAAGUUACAUGGGGCUGCAACACAUACUUUUUUAACGUGUUCUUGGACACCAUUUGACUUUUUUUUUUUUAGCAGACAUUCAGUAACAACGUUUUGGAAGUCUUGAAUAGCCCACACGUUUUCAGACAGCAAUUAUAAACGUAAACAAAAUAACACAGACUUUAAAUUAUCAUAGAAUCGUAGCAGGAAGGGACCUUUAAAGGUCAUCUGAUCCAACUCCCCUGCAAUGAACAGAGACACCUACAGCUCAAUCAGGUGCUCAGAGCCAUGUCCUGCCUGACCUUGAGUGUCUGCAGGAAAAAACUUUGGUUUCUAGCUCCUAUUUAAGUGGAGUUUCUUGCAGCUAGCUAGCUGCAGCAGGGAGAUGUUUCCAUUGUAGCUAGAAGCUGCCUCUUACCUUGAAAAGUGCAAGGAUUCUUCACAGUCUUUAUGGAUGAAAUAGCAAAGUGUUUUGUGAUGAAAGACAAGACUCCUAACAUUUUGUCAGACUUCGAGUUCAUCUGUUCCAUGUAUAUAUUUUUGUCAUCUUCGUUUUUUUGUUGGUUUUUUUUUUAUUCGAGUGUUUUAUCCCAGUUCAUUAUUUUUAUUAGAAAAUUCAUAUCUCUUCCAUUACAAAGCCUCGUGGUUGUUCUAUUAGUAGAGUAUUUCUGAUAAGAGACGUUGAGAUAAUCCAGAUGAAGAAAUGGAGCAGAGCAGGCUAUUUUUUUUUUAUUUUUAUAAUUUUUUUUAUAUUUUUUGGUUUUGUUCUGUGAGGACUAUAAUGUACUAGGAACCUUUUCCUUUUUCAGUAAAAAAAUCAAGACGUUUUUUUUCUUGAGUUUAAUUCAAAGGAUGUUAGCCAGAUAGGUGACCACGCUGACAGCUAGGUUUUAAAGGGAUUUCAUCUGUGUAGCAGUUGUUCUCUGCAGGGCUAAUAAAGACAAAUACCAAAAACAGGUCAGAUCUUGUAGCUUCUUGGUCGGUUACAAAUUACAUUUCCAUAGUCAGUGUUUCACUGGCAAGGGAAAGGCUUUUUAACUUGGAGAGCCAAGAAAGUUAUUUUUCAGGAAAUGACAGUGAAGUUCCUAUGGGGUUUUGUUUUUAUGAACGGUGUCUUUGGGAAAGAGUCGGUUUAAAGUGAGUUGAAAAAAAAAAUCAGAAAACUACUUACUCCUAUAUGUCAGCAGCUCCUUCACUCAGCAGUGACACUUGUGCAGAAGCCUCCCUCGAGCCUCCCAUCUUGCAGGAGCUGGUCUCACUGGGUUGUGUUACGAAUGGUUUUACCAGCUCUCCCUCUAAACCCUGAGAAAUGUGACAUACUUAAAGGCCGUCUUCAUAAAGAAUACCCCAGAGUCCUGUGCACGCUUCUUGUGUGUAAUUCCUACCAGUACCCUGCCAUUUUAUGAGUGUGGAACACCUGUACUGCAAAAGAGGGUAGGAUAUGGAGUGUCCUUAAUUAUUUCGUAGCUUUGGUGGGAAAGACAAACCACAUGCUAAAGACUGUUGAAGAGACCGCAGUCUGGUCUUCUUCUCUGGGCUCUAAUUAAUACCUGAUCUUGUAGGUAGGACUGAGCUUAACAGUUUGGAUCUACAUAAGGGAGAUCGCAGUGUUCGGAGCGCAGGGAGGAUGGCAGGCUGCGGGUCUAAUGGGGCUUUUGAACUGAGCUUGGGUAAGACAGAAUACCUGGAAAUGCGAUGGGUGUGAAUCUCUUGGGAGCCUUUCUUUACCAGUGAAACACUUGCAGUGUGUAGAGCUGGACCAGAGAAGGAGGGAGCAUGGGUGUGUGGUGCAUCCAGCUGGCUGGGGCAGCAGGGAGGGGAGCAGGGCUGUGGGCUGCUGCAGGGCUGUGGGCUGCUGCUGCCCUCUGCCUGCUUCCAUGCCAUCUGGAAAAUGGGAUCAGCCUGUUUGGGCACCACUGCCAGGAAGGAGGGAUGCCCUCAGCUCCGUGCUUGUCCAUCCUAACUCGCAGCUCUGUGCUUGUUCUCAGUCCCUGGAAUUUAACUUUUAUCAUUUCCUGCCUCCAAUAGCUGCCUUCAUCUGUGAUGUACUUAGAGCCCCAGCUAAACCAGCUGCUGCAGGAUGCAGGAGGAGAUGUGGCUGUAAGCAACUUGCUUAAGCACAGGACAGCUUAAGUCUCAGCAAGUGAAUGGGGGGUGGAUAACCCAAGCUUAGGUGAUGGGGGAAACUGAAGCUGGGGAAAUGUGACUGGAGAGCAGAGGGAAAAAAAGGCUAUUUCCCUAGCCCCAGAGCUGCCCUGCACCCGCACAGGACUAAUUUCUGCUGCUUCUCCUUCCCUCCUGAGACUGAAGUCUGAAUAAGUGGAUCUGUUUUCAUCUGGGGGAUGGUGAGGUUCAGUUCUGUCUGGGCUGCUGUGAGGUUUGGGCUGGCCCUGCCACCACCCCAGUGCUCCUGCUGAUGCUGAGGACCCUCACUCUGCCCUUGGUUGGUUGGAUGGAGACAGGUUUAGAGCCAUCUUUUGAUCUUCAGUAUGCACUGCAACCUUGUCCUAAUGAUAGCAUAACAGAGAGAAAAUGUACCACUGUCUGAACAAAAGCAGAACACUAAAUGUGUGGAAAUCCUACCAGCGCCUCGUGGACUGUAGCUGUCAUUUCAUUUGUCCUGGAAAUCCUUCCAUAUGGCCAUGACAGGGAUUUAAGGCUGAGCGUCUUGGCAAUGCAUUAGCUGUUCCUCAGACAGAAGUCUGUCAGGCAUGCUGAAGCUUCUAAAGGGCUGUAUUUAUUUCUGUAAGUAAUGCAUCGAAUAGAAAUAGUGUUGGUAAGUUUGCUAUUAGGAGAGAAAAGCGCAGUACAGGAAUCCUAUAGGAUGAUUUUCUCUCCUGGUGAAUGUUAGGUGAAUGUAUCUGCUUUCUGUAAACUCCUCUUUUUCUGCUUCUGGUGUUUGCAUCUCCUCACUCCGAGCAGAGUUGCCCCAAACCUUUUUCUCAACUGUAAUUUUUCAGAAGUCUGUAUGCUUUGUCGUUAACUUUCUCUCCGUGUAUAAAUGUACACAAAAUGAUGGGAAUAACUUACAGUAACAAUAAAAAAUGGAAUGAAUCUAAUUCCUUUGAUUGAACGUUCAGAGUAUCACGUGUAAUAGGAAUGUUAUAGGAAGCCAUGCUGAGACAUCACUCUGUCAGUUUUCCUCCCCAUUCUUGACCAUAUUUGUCAUUCCUGUUGGAUUUUGAUAAACUUGUCCUUCUGGUUUUGGGGUGGGGUUUUGCUUUUUAUGGUUUUUUUUGGUUGGUUGUUGGGUUUUUGAGACGUAAUUACUGGAAUUAUGUGUUUCUACAUCAAAUUAGAAGGUAGGAAUCUGCUGUUUUUGUCAGGCAUGAGCACUUGACAUGCAUAAAACAGGAGGAGGUUGCUGUCAGUUUAGUUUUGCAUGGUUCUCUGUGUUGUUAGAAUAUCUCUGCACUUGAAGGCUUGUGUAUGUUAUAUUUGCUCCUAUUUUCUUCCGUUUAAUCUGUCUCAGAAAUUCACAGUGGGCAAUACAAAUAUUUGGUACCAAUAUUGCAAUACCAAUUAUUUGCUCUUGCACUGUACAUUGUGGUUAUUAUGUAAUACUGUACAACUGCUGUGCUUGCUGGAGCAUGAAAUAUUAUUCCUCUUGAAAACGUGUCAUUUAGCUAGAGGAGGUGUGAGUUCAGAAACUGAUAAAUACAGGAAAAUGGCAAAAUUAUGUAUAAUUCCCACUAACCAGAAGUAGUUUCCAGUAUCUGAAUAUAUUCCAUUUCGCUGAGACAAAGUAGAGGCAAAGAAGAGAGCCAGAAUGUUUCCACCCUCUUUUCAUCCUGCAAUCGUAUUUAAACAUUUUCGUGGUCAGGCCCAAAUGCUUUGAGUGCCUUAUUAACAAAAGCCUUAAAAAUUCUUCCCCAGGAGUUUCCUUCACUGUUUCGUUAGCUGUGAAUUGUAGAGCUGGUGCUGCAGUUUUGGUAGGCAAAAAAGCAUCAGCGUUUUUCACGAUGAUGUUUAAUUUGAAGUUGCUUACCCCUGAUGUCAUUAUGUGGUUUAAAUUCUGCUGGAAGGGAGCUUUCAGUGACUUUCAGACUUUGUGCACACAUCACUGCUAACUGUUAGGCAGUAACCAAGAAAGGUCUUCAAAAUAGAAGUGCUAAUGAGUGGAAGGAAGCAUUUUGUGGAGAAGAGGUAUAGUGAAUUCCAUGCUCUCCAUAAAAAGCUCAAGAAAUGCAUAAGGACUCCAGAGAUCCCCUCCAAGCACGUAAGGAACUGGGUCCCAAAGGUCCUGGAGCAGAGACGACAAGGCUUGGAGUUGUACUUGCAGACAGUCAUUUUAGAAAACGAAGAGCUUCCUAAAAUAUUUCUUGAUUUCCUGAAUGUUCGACAUGUGCCUACCCUGCCAAAAGCAGAAAGCUGUGGCUCUUUUGAUGAAACAGAGUCUGAAGAAUCAAGCAAACUGUCCCACCAGCCUGUGCUGCUGUUCCUGAGGGAUCCCUAUGUCUUGCCUAAAGCCAACGAAGGUCAGCUACGACAGUUGUUUAGAUCAGAAGUGGAGUUAGUCCUUCCUGGGUACAGGAGUGCCCGUCUCAACGUCUCUUGGGAAAACAGGAAACUGCACAUUUAUGGGUUUUAAUGAGAUGACUUUCCAAAUGUGGUCAUAGAAGGCAUCCUGCAUGGAAUAUUUUAUCCUCAUUUACUGCCAAGGUAGAGGAGAUACACGGCUAGAAGAAGCUGAAGCGAGUCUCCAAGCAACAUUUAGUCGGAUCAGUAAGAA